AUGGUGUCAGGUGGCAGGGAAGUGGCAACAACGGAUGCGGACGGAAAGUGGGAAGAUGUUCUUCUCCCACCUGCAGCCAUGACUUCCGGGAAAUUGGAAGGUCUAAUUGGAUUCCAAGAAUUUGUUCCAAACAGAGAGCCCGUCUUUCAAAAGAAGAAGCAAAAACCAGCGAAAACUAAGAAAAGAAAACUUGCGAAAAAUGCAGUUUUAUUCGGGGAAGGUGAAGAUUCAAUGGUUACAGAGACUGAGUCGUCCAUUCCGUCGGAGCCAAAGAAAAGUAAAAAGGAGCCCACCAAGAAGCCUGAAGAAAAGCCAAAGAAAAAACAGAAAAAGUCGAAAGCCAAAUCGUUCGAGCUGACAGACGAAGAGAAAGCAGUGUCGAACAGCGAAUAUGUGUUUCAGAAUAAAAUUCCUGAAUGGCGAAAGUUUAAUCUUGACAUUGGACUUCUCCGAGCAAUUGACAGUCUCGGUUUUAAAUCGCCAACGGAUAUUCAGCGCCAAUGCAUUCCAAAAGGAUUGAAUACGAAGAAAACGAUUCUUGGUGCGGCCGAAACGGGCUCUGGAAAAACGAUAGCUUAUGCUUUGCCAAUUUUGCAUAAAAUUAUUGGAUAUUUGGAAAAGUAUAGCGCUCAACCAGAUGUUGAGCAAUCUGAUGAGAAAAAACCGUCCCUGGACGAAUAUCGAGAUUUCAGCGAAGAAAAAACAGUUGGUCCUCAAGCCCUUAUCCUCUGUCCAACCCGUGAGUUAGCGAUGCAGGUUCACGACAGCGUACGACUCGUUUCGAAAUUCACUACUGUCAAAACUACCGCCAUCGUCGGCGGCAUGGCAGCGGAAAAGCAGCAGCGAAUUCUCACCAAAAUACGACCUGAAAUAAUUGUCGCGACACCAGGAAGGUUUUGGGAGUUGAGAGAAACUGGUCAAGAAUAUUUGCAGAAUUUACACUCUCUAAAGUAUUUUGUUGUUGAUGAAGCUGAUAGAAUGGCCGAGAAGGGUCAUUUUGCGGAGCUUGACAGAAUCGUCGGGGCCCUUGAUAAAGCAUGCCAGAAGUUCGUAUUUUCCGCGACUUUGACUCUCACUCACGUGAAUUCGGAACGGAUGGAUAAAAUGAAUAUAAAAGCAGAAACUGCUAAAUCAAAGAUAAACAAGCUGAUGAAAGCGAUUGGUAUCGAUAGAAAAUCUUCUGAGGUCGUUGAUCUAUCGAACUCAUCCAUGGUUGCGUCUUCGAUCCAGGAGCUGAAGGUUUCGAUUUUGAGCGACAAGGAUAAAGAUGUCUGGCUGUAUUAUCUCUUGAAGGAAGAAGAGGGUAGAUCGAUUGUUUUUUGCAAUUCCAUCACUGGAGUUUUGCGACUGAGGGGUCUUUUGGCGACAUUGAAGCUCCCUGUUCACGCUCUACAUGCAAAUUUGAAGCAAAAACAACGGUUAAAAAACUUAGAUAGUUUCAAAAAAUCAACCGAUGGUAUUCUCCUUGCAACUGAUGUCGCUGCUAGAGGACUGGACAUCCCCAACGUCGAUCAAAUCAUUCAUUUCCAGUUUCCAAACGCGGCGGAAACGUACGUUCACCGGUCAGGACGAUGUGGUCGAGCAGGAAGAACUGGAACGGCUGUUACAUUAUUGAAAGAUUCCGAUGUUAAAAACUACAAGAAAGUGCUUCAUACUUUGAAAAAAGCUCCGCUUGAUAAUUAUGACGGCGAUAUGCCACCAAAAUUUUACAACGAGCUAAUUGAUUUGGCAAAGAAAGUUGAUGUAUUCACGUAUCGAAAGAGGAAAACGAAUAGUGACAAGUGUUGGCUGAAGUCCGCCCCAGAACACACUCAACCUCCUGUAGAUGUAGAAGAUGUAAAAGUACCAUCCCCAUCCGGCGAAACUCCUGUAGAUGCCCCAGAGACGAGUGCCGAAGCUCCUACUCCUGCUGGUAUGGCACCGCACGGACAUGCGUAUGGCGCUCCAUCUCCUCAACCAUAUGGUGCGCCACCUCCUCAAGCUUAUGGCGCCCCUCCGGCACAAACGUACGGUGCACCAGCUCCAGCACCUGUCCCAGCGCCAGCCGCCCCACAACAACCUAUCAUCAUAAACAUCCAGCAAAACGCUGGUGGAUUCAACUGGGCCCCUCCACCUUCUCAUGCUGAGGUAGCUCGUGCUAAUUGUCCUCCAGGCAUGGAAUACUUCCUUGGCAUCAACUCAGUGAUUGUGCAUCAAAGUGUCUCCUGUAGCGACAAUUGCAGCUCCCUCUGUUGUCCAUGCAUCGCUCCAUGCGUUCAUGAAGGAAACGAAUACAAUAUUCUGAAUAACCAAGAGCAAGCUCUCUUUGAGUUGAAGGAGAUGGAGAACUGCGGCGGCGUCCCAGGAAAGAUUUUCGCUGGAGCGAAUCGAGGUUUUCACAUGAUUAUGACUGAUGGUCUCAACAGAGUUGUAUGCAAAUUAAACCGUAAAUACAAAUGCAGAUCCCCCGUUUGUAAUUAUUUUCCAUGUACUUUGCAAGAAGUCGAGGUUACGGAUGGAAACGACCACCCAAUCGGAUUUAUCAAACAAUCAUCUUCUUUGAAAGAGUUGAAGUAUGAAAUCUGCACUCCUACUGGUGUCCCCACCCUCAAGAUAAAGCAAGACCGAAGUUUCUGUGAAAAGCUUUUCCCUGCAUGCACAAGCUCAUUCUUUCCUUUGACAUCAUACGACGGCAAGAAUAGCAUUGGUGGCGUGACUAAGGAGCAAACUUGCUGCGAAAUUUUCAGUGGAGAACAAAAAUACAAGGUCGAUUUUCCAGCAGAUUUAGACGUGAGAAUGAAGACAACCGUUCUCGCAGCAUCGAUCCUCAUCGACUAUUUGUACUUCGAAACUGGUGCCUUUGGAAUUUGCUCAAAGAUCACGCCCUGUUAA